GCCGCUCCCAUUUUCCUGUCAGGCAGCCGCUGGUACGUUACUUCCGGGGCAGCCAUUUUGGACCGGGGGGGGGGGCUGUCUGAGCGGCCUAUCCGGGGUUUAGCGGGUGGGUCUCGGAGCGGAUCCGCUUGCGCUGUCAUCGGCGCUGGGGGGGGGAGGGGUGGCAAUAUUCGGGGCGCUCGACUAGAGUCGCCACCGCCACCCCGCGCUCCUCAGAGCUCCACCGACCCUGCCUUCAUCCCCACCCACCAUGUCGGAUUUUGACAGCAACCCCUUCGCGGACCCGGACCUUAACAACCCCUUUAAGGAUCCUUCAGUUACACAAGUGACAAGAAAUAUUCCUCCAGGACUAGAUGAAUACAAUCCUUUCUCAGAUUCCAGAACACCACCACCAGGAAAUGUCAAAAUUCCCAACGUGCCCAGUGCACAACCAGCUAUAAUGAAACCAACAGAGGAACCUCCUGCUUAUACUCAAAUUGCAAAGGAACAUGCCUUGGCCCAGGCUGAACUGCUUAAGCGUCAGGAAGAACUGGAAAGGAAAGCAGCUGAAUUGGAUCGCAGGGAAAGAGAAAUGCAGAGUCUCAACCAACAAGGAGGAAGGAAAAACAAUUGGCCUCCGCUUCCUGGAAAUUUCCCAGUGGGUCCUUGCUUUUACCAGGAUUUCUCUGUUGACAUCCCUGUAGAGUUUCAGAAGACAGUAAAAAUUAUGUACUACUUAUGGAUGUUCCAUGCAGUAACACUAUUUCUUAACAUCUUCGGAUGUCUGGCCUGGUUUUGUUUGGAGCCGAAGCGAGGAGUUGACUUUGGACUGAGCAUUCUCUGGUUUUUGCUUUUUACUCCUUGUUCAUUUGUCUGCUGGUACAGACCACUUUAUGGAGCCUUCAGGAGUGACAGUUCGUUCAGAUUCUUUGUUUUCUUCUUUGUGUACAUUUGUCAGUUUGCAGUUCAUGUCCUUCAGGCUGCAGGUUUUCAAGGAUGGGGCAACUGUGGAUGGAUUUCAUCUCUUACUGGGCUUAACCUUAGUAUUCCAGUAGGCAUUAUGAUGAUAAUCAUAGCUGCACUUUUCACAGCAUCUGCAGUCAUCUCAUUAGUUAUGUUUAAGAAGGUGCAUGGGCUAUAUCGCACAACUGGAGCAAGUUUUGAGAAGGCCCAGCAAGAAUUUGCAACGGGUGUGAUGUCCAACAAAACUGUACAAACUGCUGCAGCCAAUGCUGCAUCAACAGCAGCAACUAGCGCCGCUCAAAGUGCUUUCAAGGGUAACCAAAUAUAGAGAAAGAAAGAAAGAUGAAAAUCACAACAAUUCUCUGGCUGUAUUUUAUUUUCCAGUCACAUACUCCCUAAAGACUUGUAUACAAAAUGCACACAGCAUGUAUGUCUCCUCUUCAGCUGUGCAUGGGCUAAAACAAGAAAAAGGUCCUUGUUCCAUUACUUUAUACACUUAUUUAUUCAAAAGUAUUUCUUGGCUACUCUAACUUUAAGUUGUUCGAAUUAUAUUUUUCUCCAUAUUUUUGGAGGCGUGCUGUGAAAAUUUCAACAGUACAUCCGAAAUUGAUAUGGCAGCUUCUGGGUCAUCUUAAAUGGAUUUUAGGGGUUUUCUGGUCAGUUGUUCUCUCUGGGACCUUUUACUUUGACAAGACAAGCACUUUGGAGCAACUCUUUUUGUUCUAAUAGUUUGCUUCCCUAUUUUCUUAUGCGAGAAACAGGGCAGCUGACGGGUUUGAACGUGACAUUUAGCUGCUGCUAUACAUCUUCAGCAGCUGAUGAAGGACAGAUGUAAGCUUAAAAUAAGUAUGAUAGAUAAUGCAAAUUCUUUUUUUAGGAUAUUAGGUCUUUUGAUAAAAAUCUGAGUUUGCAUGAAACAGUUAUUUGGCCACGUUGAGGUAGUGUUUUGGUCCAGAAUCUGUCUCUACAACUAUGGUUAUAGUAUUCGUUGGAAUCUGUUUUCAUGGUGUAUGGUCUUCUAGCUUGGAAUGGUUUUGCUACACAGAUACUGUAAUUGAAAGGAUAUGUAAUGCAACAUGCAAGGAAGAGAAGUUAAUGAAGUUUAAUCAGAGCUGAGUGAUUAUACCUGUUUUUAAUUUUGAUAUUCCUGUCUUCGGAAAACAUUUGCCUAAAGAAAAAAAAAUGUUAUCCUAUCUUUUGAACGCUCCCAUAUAGCUGGAUCUUUCUGACUUGUGUUAAAUGCAGUGACAUUUUUGUUGUAUUUAAGCAUUCCGUUUUUGUUUUUUUUAAAGUGUGCACUUGUGCUUAACAAUGGUACGAAAUCUUUAGCCUUGUCAAUCACUCUGUUUACUGGUUGUACAAACAUCUGAAUAUACAGUACUUUAUUUAAAUUUUUAACCCAAACCAUAUUCUCUAAUCAAGAUUUUUCAAACUGGCAUUUAAUUAUGUACUUGAAUUCUUUUUAACAUACUUCGGCCUUUGUGUAUGAUUUAAUCAAUUGGGAUUUUAUAAAAUGCAUUUAUUCAGAAGUUGGUUUAGCACAGUAUCAAUCAACUGGCUAUAUGUUUUGCAGAACUAGCAGAUGUCUAAUAGUUUUAGUUGAACUGCAUGUUCUGCAAUUUAAUAGGCUGUCAGUUCAUGUCGCUUUGAUGUUCUGUGAAAGAUGAAUUGUUGAAUGGCCCAUCUUCAAGAUAUCUUGGAUUACCUUCAAGUUCUGUCACUGAGAACUGUCAAGGUUUUGCAGUGCACUCAGUAUUUACUCAUAAAAAUAAUAAUUCUUGCCAGUCUGAUACCUAAAAUGGAUCAUGCUUGCAUAUCUUAAAUUAUGAUUGUUACUUCAUAGGCCUAAACAAUCAGGAUAAAUUUAGUAACUUCAUCACAAUCACAAAUACUAUAAAAUGGACUAUGUGGGACUUAUAUUUUAAACCAAGUUCUUUUCAGCUUACUUGUAAAACAGAAAGCAAGUAAAAUCAUAUGUAAUGGUAGACUGAGUGUAUUCCAGAUUAGUAAAUAUUUGUUUUAGUUUAAUAUUUAUUUGUAUUUACAUUAUUUAUGGUGCACCUUUAUCACUAGGCUUCAAUGUGGGUUACACAGAGUAAGUCAGUACAAUCAACAGGAUGGGACAUCCAAUGAAUAAUACAUUGGAUUUGAUUGUACUAGUCUGGAACCAACCAGAAAUAUAAAACAGAGUUGGAACAGGAUUAGCAUGAUGCAUUAAACGAUGCAAAAAGUACAUAGGAUAGUACUUACAACAACUGACAGUACAAAUUAUACACAGCAGUGGAGACUGCGAGUCUUUUUAAUCUUUACCUUGAGUAGAUAGUGGUCAGAUCAUGCUUUAGGCUGUAUCCAACCCUGAAACCAAACUUUUGCUUUAAGGCUUAGUGCAAAAGAUAAGUUCAAAGUAUAGCUUCUUUAAUGUGUUGGGCCUGUCACAAUUUGAAAGAAGCCCAAAGCAGUCAAAGAAGCUAUGAAAUCCUGGACCAGCCCUGGAAAGGUAUCUUCAGCCUGAAUGUUGAAGACCCCCAGAACUAAGUGUCUCCAGCACUAUAUCCAAAAGUACCUCUGUCAACUCAGAAAGGGUGCCCACUGUCAAGAUGGUCAGUAAGCAAGCAGGAAGCCUAAUCUCUCCUUCGUUCCUAAUGUAAGGAGCAUACAGGCAAUGCCAGUGAUUGUUUGCACUGGAAGUCUUCACAAGUCAAAAUGCAGAGGGGUUGCAGCCACACCUUGGUGCAGAAAAGGAAUGACCUUUAUCCACUAUGCUUUGUAUGUAGAAUAAUGCCUAUUUUGUAAACCAAAUUAUGCAGAUAUGAAUAUAAUGGUUUGACUUUCAUAAGUUUAUUUUAAUUGCAUAAUUUUAAACAUUGGGGCAAUGAUACACAGAGGCAAGGGCUAUCAAGUGAAAACCAUGAAAAUCAAUCAUAGAUCUGUCCUAGAUCCUUUGCUGGCACAAACCCCAAUGGGAGGAAAAUUCUAUAUGUUUUGAUGCAUAUUUUUAUUUUAUAAUGCUUUAUUCUGUAUCAGUAACAUGCAGUUAUGCAGUUGGCUGCUAAUCUCAGUUCUUAUUGUCAGAAUCACAUCAGAUGGCAAAAAUUGUAUUUAAAAAAAGAUUAUACUGGACUGUUUUGUUUUCUCAGGGGGUAAUAUAGAACUUGAAGUAGAUACAAGCUACAAGAAACAAGUAGUUUCAGUAGUCCUAUACCCAUUUUCAAUCCCAGGAAAUGAAGUGUAAUGUAUAUAGACUUCUAUGUCUAGUUAUACUCUUUCAAACACAUAGAACAUAACCUGGAUUACAUCAAGAGAAACUCAGUUAAUCUUCAUUUUUUCUGGUUUGAAAUGUCUCAGAAGGCUGAUGUAUGUUAAAAUGUUUUAACAAAAAAAUAACAGUAGUAUGUCAGUUAACAAGUGUAUGCCCAUUUAAGCCAUGUUGUAGUAUCCAAUUGUGGCAAGUUUUGUUCAAAAUACAAAGUUUCAACACUGGAA